CUGUCGCUACGUUCUGCAGUUUGCUAGUCUUCGUCGGUCGGGAAAAACAGGACAUUUUUCCUAUCCUAACUAGUCCGUUGCGUUGUACCAUUGGAAAAGUUCUGUGUUAUGAAUCUGUUUCUUUUCCCGAAUAAUUCGCUCCCAGCUUGCUACGGUCGCGUUCGAGGGAAAUUGCAAGCACAUAGUUGGGAUUACGCGGAAAAAACGUAAUGCAAGUAAAUGAAAAACAGAAAAUUCAGUGAGGAAAGCAACAUGAACUUCCAAAACCGAAAAAUUCUUGUUAGAUAGUUUUUUUUCCUCUGCCUAUGGUUCCUCAAACUUUAAGGAGGUGGAGUUGGACCAGCAGCAUCAGCAGCAGGGAUAUGUGUGGAAAGGAUUUUCUUUCGUCGACAUGUUUGUGUUAGUGAGGAAAACCUUGCAUUGACGCAGCAUCUCAGCACAGGAUUACGAUGACUGGAAAAUUUUCCCAUCGUUUCAGCAUCCCCUGAACGAAAAGUUACCUCUUAUUUUUUCGCACUGAUUAUAGAAAAGCAGAAAAUCCGUGUUUGUGAUUUUUCAUAUUUUUAUAGGAAAGCUGAAAAGCGAAAAAGAAAUUGUCAGUGUCGAAACGAGUGAAAGUAAAACGGUUUUCGUGCGUGUAAUCUAUGAAAAUUUCGGUUGUUUCCAAUUGUGAAAAACGUCGCGACAAACGACUCCGGUGCUGGUUUUUCCAUAUAUGCGACGGAGAACUCCCUUCGAAUUUUUGUAGCCCGGAGUGCCUAGUCCUGAAAAUGGUGGUGAAAAACAAUACGAAAAUGCCAGUUGGUUUGUGAAAAAUAAUGGAAAUGUGGAAAAUUGUUCAAUGGUGAACUCUGUUUUUAUAAAUGAUUCCUACGAUAAAACCUUCUAAAAUGGCAAACUUUAAAGCGAAGACUCAAAUAGUAAGAAACUACUCAAGAAUGGACACUACAGUGGAACAUUCAGUAGAAAGUUAAUACAAUUCGAAAUCAAAGGAGUAAAAUAAGAAACAUCCUCUAGUACAAAGCAUCACCGUAUAUCGCUUAACGACUCCCCUAGGCGAUUUCGUUUUUAUAAGAAAAAUCAAAUAAUUCAAAACAAAUGUAACGAAUAACGAAAAACACUGGAAAAAUGCACAAGUUUACGAUAAUCGUACAAACGCUAGUGUUCGUAUCGUUUGUAACGAGUCAACGUCCCCUAAUCAACAAUACAAGCCCGGUAUCGUCCUCGUCGUCCCUGGGCAUAUCCUCUUCAUCCGUGGGAUCGGCAUCGUCGUCGUCAUCGUCGUCAUCAUUAUCCUCAUCAACGGGACUGUUACCCCAAAUACCGUACAAUAGUGCACAGGGUCGAGCAAUACUUUCGCCAUCAAUACCUCUCUCGUCGCAUACAUCGACCAUUACACCCCUUCGACCAAACUCGAUUGCCAUUCCACCAAUAUCCUAUCCUUCGGGACGGGAACGUCUUCAGAAGCCACGCGAUCGAGGCUACAAUAAAUUCAGACAAUUCCUUACAACACAAUCGCCACUAGGAUUCCUACCAGCAGACAGACCGCCCGAUGGACAUUUCUCUGAAAUAGGGUACAACCCCAGACAGAGGCAGCAUCAGUACUGGGGUCUGUUCGCUGGAAAUAACACCGAUGAGCCGUUACCCGCGAUUAAGAAAUAUCCUUCGUCGUCGUCGUCGAAUUUGAAUCCUAUGCAAAUGCUGAGGAAGACGGUGAAGGGGGACGGUCAGAGUGAUGAUCCGCAAAGGACGGUGGCCGGAAAUCCGCUGAUAGUGGAACCGUUGCAGAGCAAGCGACUGGAGAGGUUGCAUGCAAAUGGACAUUUUCCGGCACUUCGUCCGCCACCGGAAGAUAAUCCAGAAAUCGAUAUGGAGGAGAUGCUUGGCGUUAAGUGUACAUUUGAACGGGAAUGCGCCUGGAAAUGGGAUAAGGAUAUUCCGAAUGGAUUUCAAGUAGUCACCGGCCAAUUAUUACGGGAACAAAAUAUGACGGGACUGAUGCCCGGCCCAGAUGCCGAUCCUAAGAAUGAUGCUUACGGUCAUUUCCUUCAUGUGCGUCUUACAAAGGGUACCCCCCAGCCAAUCCUCCGUUCGCCGCAGUUCAGCAUCACCCGCGAGAACUGCUAUCUGGAGGUUUACCUGCAUCAGAGCGCGAUGGCCCAUGGAAGUAUUCGUGUAGUGAUUGAGCCACUGGGAUCCUACGAAGGAUCCUGGGUACCAACUGAAAUAGCCGGCAAUGAUUUCGGACGAUGGGAACUGAUUACAUUUCGUAUUGGACGUAUUUCAAAGGAUUUUCAGAUUUUAUUCGAAGUAGUGCCGGGGCCGACAAGCGAAACGCAACGGGGACAUGUCAGCAUUGAUAAUUUAAGGAUGCGAAAUUGUUUCCCGGAAGGAGCUAAGAAUGAGACUUGCGAUUUGUCUGAGGUGAAGUGCACCACGAAUAAGGUGGCUGUGUGUAUUGAUGUUCCCAGGAUAUGCGAUAUCAAUGUUGACUGCGAUGAAAAUGAGGAUGAGCUUCUGAAUUGUGACAAGAUUCCGUUUGGUGGACGAUGUGAUUUUGAGAGUGGCUGGUGCGGUUGGCACAACUCCGACAAACCGAUAUUAAUGUGGUCACGACAUUCUGGGCCCACUCCCACCGAUAAAACAGGACCAAAUACGGAUCAUACGUAUCAGCAUACAAACGUCACUGGCUAUUAUAUGUACGUGAAUAUGAACCAACAUGCGAACGAUAGUGAAAAACGGAAAUAUGUCGGAUUUGCAAGUAACGCUAUUAUGAAUAGCGUAAUUUUCAAUCCUCCGCCAUCGGUUCAUUCGAAUAUGUCGUCACCGUACAGGAACUCGUGCAUGGUACGAUUUCACGUUCAUCAAUUCGGCAUGAAUGCAGGAAGCAUCAACCUUUCAGUGGUGGAGAUGCGGGAGAAAGAAAACUUCACCACGACAUUAUGGUGGAGCUCGAAAAACCUAGGCGAAGAUUGGGUUCGAGGAGAACAGUAUUUACCGAAUAUAACGCAUAAGUACUUCCUACAAUUUGAAGCACGCAUGGGAAUGAGGAUAUUUUCAGACGUAGCAGUCGACGAUAUAUCAUUGAGUCCUGAAUGUUUUGGUUUGAACAUACCUUCGGAACAUCUUCAUGGGUACAAUUACUAUGAUCCGCGCAUUGGGGUUCAAAAAGAACCCCAUAAAGAUUUUGAGAAUAAAACGAUGUUUGAGCUGACGACGUGUGGAGCGCGUGGAAUUUACGGUCCUUCGAAGGAGCAGUGCCAGGUUGCGUACAACAAUACAGAAGUAAUAAACUAUACUAGAGUCUUGAAUGACACCAUAUAUAAAGGAAUUCAAGUGUGGAAGGUUCCCAACGAAGGAUAUUACACUUUGAUAGCGAAAGGUGCCGGUGGGGGUCUUGGAUCCGGAGGAGUUGGCUCCUCACGUGGUGCGAUAUCAAUAGCAGUUUUGGAACUGCAUAAAAAUGAGGAACUCUAUUUAUUGGUUGGUCAAGCGGGCGAACAUGCCUGUAUCAAAUCGAUAGGAUACCGCGACGAAGGCUGCGAAGUGACAGAGAAAAGGCCCAACGAGUUAUACCAUUCUAAGACGGACAUGGUUCGAAACAUUGUCAUUGAGGAUGGCGCCGGAGGAGGUGGUGGAGGAACUUUCAUAUUUUUGUUGAAUAAUGCAAAGAAUCCAGUUCCACUUCUUGUGGCCGGGGGUGGAGGUGGCUUAGGAAUUGGACGUUAUUUGGACGAUGACUUCCAGCAUGGUCAGGGUAUCAACCCUAACAUGUCAGACACUAUAGGACGAGUAUACGGUGAAACAAAUAGAACAGCUGGACCGGGAGGGGGUUGGCGAGGUUAUGGAGUUUAUUCCAAGCCUCACAUUAAUUACGGGGCAGCCUUGCUGGAGGGAGGACGUGGUGGAUUGCCUUGCUAUGAGCUGCGUGGAUAUCAUGGACAAGGUGGUUUCGGGGGUGGUGGAGGUGGUUGUCGAACAGGUGGUGGCGGAGGGGGAUAUGCUGGGGGCUCAACAUUUCUGAAUAUAUCGAGUGGUGAAGGAGGGUCUUCAUAUAUUGGACUGAAACGAAGCAUUCGUGGUUUGAGUGGGGUGUACGAAGGUGCCAAUAGUGGUGCUGGGUCAGUUAUGAUUAUUCCGGCUGUUGUUGGAUGUGGUUGCGAUUAUCGUUGUGUUGCAUUAGAUGAAUAUAGGUCCGUGACACAGUGUAUUUGUCCGGAAGGAUGGAGAUUGCGAAAUAACACUGCGUGCGAAUUACCCUUCGUUGAUAAAAUACCCCUUCAAUAUUGGAUAUCGUUUUUGGCGUUAAUCUCAAUACUUUUGAUAGCAGCGUUGUCUUCAUUAAUAUUUAUGUUGUAUAAUCGAUAUCAACGAACAAAACAGGCUGCUCUAAGACACAAAAUGUUAUUAGAGCAAGAUUUGCAAUUAAGUCGUUUACGGCACAAUGCCGACGAUUCAGCUUUAACUAAUUUUAAUCCAAAUUACGGUUGUGAUGGAAUAUUAAAUGGUAAUAUCGAUGUUAAGACAUUACCACAAGUAGCUAGAGAAAGUCUACGAUUAGUCAAAGCUCUCGGUCAAGGAGCCUUUGGCGAAGUAUAUCAAGGAUUAUAUCGACAUCGUGAUGGCGACGCAGUUGAAAUGCCGGUCGCCGUUAAAACCUUACCCGAAUUAUCUACAGGACAGGCUGAAACCGACUUCCUAAUGGAAGCUGCAAUUAUGGCGAAAUUCAAUCAUCCCAACAUCGUUCACCUGAUUGGGGUGUGUUUCGACCGUCAUCCUCGCUUCAUAGUCUUGGAACUUCUAGCUGGGGGUGAUUUAAAGAAUUUCCUCCGAGAGGGGCGCAACAAGCCCGAAAGACCAUCUGCUCUUACCAUGAAAGAUCUGGUGUUCUGUGCACUGGAUGUUGCAAAAGGAUGCCGCUACAUGGAGAGCAAGAGAUUCAUCCAUCGCGAUAUAGCGGCUAGAAAUUGCUUGUUGAGUAGUAAGGGUCCAGGGAGGGUGGUGAAAAUCGCAGACUUUGGUAUGGCCAGAGACAUUUACCGAUCCGACUAUUAUAGGAAAGGUGGCAAGGCGAUGUUACCGAUAAAGUGGAUGCCACCGGAAGCAUUUAUGGAUGGUAUUUUUACGUCGAAAACGGAUGUGUGGUCGUUUGGUGUAUUGCUGUGGGAGGUAUUUAGUUUAGGUUUAAUGCCAUAUACAGGACUUCCGAAUAGGGAAGUUAUGAACUUGGUGACACACGGUGGGCGUCUGGACUCACCACCGGGCUGUCCGCAAGCUAUUUAUAGGAUAAUGGUUGAAUGCUGGAACCCUAAUCCAGAGGAGCGACCAACAUUUUCAACUUUACUGGAGCAAUUAACUGCUUGCACACAAGAUCCAGAGGUAAUGAAUGCUCCACUUCCGAGUAUAGCUCACCAACAAGCGAGUGAAACCGACACAACAAUCGUACGUCCUCCAUGCAGCGAUGAAUUCUGUCUGCAGGCUCCUAAUUCGUCAGACUAUUUAAUACCCUUACCAGAUGCUAGAAAUACAGUCGAACGGCUAUUAAAUGAAGCAACUGGCGUUACACUAUCGGAAACAGCCCUAAUGUACGCCCCACCUGUAGUGACCUCACCGCCCGUAACGAAAUGUCGCGAUGAGAAUGGUGGCUGUUGGGAGACCUCGUUCACAAUGCCAAACUCGCAUAGUGGGCAACCUCUUUUAUCCACAAAAGAAGCCCAAGUGAAUGGUCUGGACGCAGUCCCCAACCACAUCAAUCACAACCACUUCCCGCACCAAAACCAACUUCUCCAGAAGAAACCACCCCAGCAUAACGCUGCCUGCCAAGUCACCAGUAAUGAUGGUGACUAUCAACCAACUCUGAUAAGUCUGGAUACACCACAGCAAACCCCUACCACAAUUAAGCCACCCGUGUCAUUUGCUCAAAUAGAUGGAAUCACACUAGAUCCAUCUGCACUUAAUAAAACACAUGGAAAUCUACAGCAGCCGCAUCAGCCGGCCAACAAAUUGUCCUAUGCCAAUGUACAAAUGCUCAACUCCCUGAAAAAUGGGGAGCAGCACUGCAACCACCAAAUAUCCACAACACAAACACAAUCCCCCACUCCUCCGAAUGGGGUGCCUCAGUCGCCAACGGAGAAAAUGAAUGGUAAUGGAAAUAGUAACAGCUUCGAUGGAAGCAGUUCAACGAUAAGUGCCAGCUCAGCCCCAUUUGCCAUUCAAGGAUUCAACGAUCGGUACAUUGCCAAGGAGAACCAUUCGGAGAUAAGCUGUUAACUGACUGCCAAAGAACCUGCUACUUGGUUGUAAUCGAGCUGACUAGGGUAGCUAGUCAUUGUCCUGAUUGCAACCAGGACUAACAAAGCAACAAACAAGACUAAAGUCAUUUAACGAAAGAAACUAUGUGAAGACAUUAAGAUCUUUUCUCGUAACAUGUGAGUGAGAGUGUGCUGAACCGAUAAAAACAAAAUGAUAUUUACGUAAAUUGCUUAAUCAUAUGAGGAUUAUUUUAUUAACUACAAAAUCACAUUCAAACGUCUCUAGAGAAGAAAAUGCUCGAACAAUUGGAUUUACACGUCCCACAAUCUGACUUAGUUCGAAAUCAUUAUCAUUAAACUGUUUUUUAUAUUAAUUAUUAAAUUAUAUAUUAUUUUUUAUAUAAAAACGAAUUGAAAGUAGAUAUUUUUAUUAUUAUACAUGUACAUCUAUGUUAGGUAAGUUUUAGGAUAAAAUAUUUUAAAUAAAUGGAAUAAACUGAUGUAAUAAACGUAGAAUUGUAUUUUAGAAUAAUACAUUGAAUAUUGAAAGAAAGAUAUUUCAUUACAUCUAAACUGAAUGAAAUAAACAAAAAAGAAAACCCCAUUUAUUGAUAGUUACACAAAAAAGAAAUUAAUAAAAGUGAAUUAAAAUGAAAAAGAAAUUGUAGAAAUUAUGUAAAAAAUACAUGAGCGUGUAAGCAGAAAGGGAAUUUUUGCUCAUAACGAAAAACGAAAUUUCAUAAAAUUUAUUAAUAAAUAAAUUAAAAUUAAUUAAAUAAAUAAAAUAAAAUAAAAGAGAAAACCAAUGAGAUAAUUAUCAUUGGAUUUAAUAAAUUAUAAAUCUACUGAAAUUUUUUUUUUAGUUAAACGAAAAUGUACAUUGAAAAUCGUGACUUUCAUCAACUGCUACAAGUUAAGUUGGUCAGUGCAUAUGAAAUGUAUACUUAAUAUGCAUUAUUAAUUAAUGGAAACAUAAAUAUUUAAGGCAUAUAUAUAAAUGAAAAGAAUGAUAACUAAACUAAGUAGUUUAUAACGAACACAUGAAAAUAGAUACAAUAGUAAGAUUCAUACGCAAAACAUGGUUUCGCUAAAUGCUUUUAUAGAUUUAAAUUUUAUGCAUUGCCUGAUAAAAUUUUUAUAAUGUGCUAACAAGAUAUAGUUGCCGAAUUGGUAUCAUUUGAAAAUUGUUUGAAUUUUCUCUAAUUUUGGUUUAAAUUUUACCUUUUUGACCUACAUUUCACUGAAAAAUAUCGAAAAACUAACAAAGCAAAUUUUAAAUGAACCAAUUCACCGAAUAAUUGAGAUAUUUUGCAAUACCUUCUAUGCUUCCAUAUAUUUUCUCAAUUAAGUUUAUAUUUAACUAAUUUGCUGUUAUUUAUUGCCUAAAGUGAAUCCCGUCCAAAUGCGUUACAAUUAUAAUUUUAAAUAUGUUAAUAGUGGUAGCAAUGCUAUUUUAUUUUAAAAAAAAAAUGUUAUAUCCAAGCUUUUUAUAGUUAAAUUGUUCUGAAUUUAAAACAAUUUUUCAAUACUCUCUCUAUUAUAUUAAAUUUGAUAUAAUCCUUGGGGUUAUGUUGUAUGGUUUCAUUGUUCCAUACGCCUAUUUGUAUUAAUUGUCCUUUGGAUGUUUUACUCAUUACUUCUGGAGGUUAGUUUCAAGGCAAUCCUGAAGUAAUAUGUUUAUUAAAUUUGAAUAUUUUUAAGUUGCAAUGACCCUAAAAUACAAUAAAUCCAUAGAAUCCCAUCAGCUUCGGGAUAAAAAACAAACAGUUUUCUUACAAAUGGAUAAACUAAUAAUUGUUCUCUCAUUUCGAAUAAAAAUUCCAAUAGAUAUGUUCUCGAUAAUUCAAUGUUUUUUUUAUUUGUCACUGAAGCAUACACACAUAUACUAUUUUUAAGGAUAUAAAAAUAUAGAUAUAUUAUAUGUAAUAUAAUAUAUAUUCAAAUUCAAAAAGAAUAUAAAUCUAAAUGGUGGAAUUACACUAAAACAAAGUAUUUCGUAACGAAAACACAAAAAAAAACACAUAUACAUCCGUAAGAAUACAAUUAAGAGUAGAUACAUAAGAGAAAAGAUACAUAUUAGAUUGAUUUUUAAGUAUCAUUGAAAACGGAGCUGAUGCAAAAAGUAGAAGCCAAACAUCCGUUCGAAAAGCUACUAGUCACACACCACAUACUUCCCCCUCUCCACCCCACAUACUCGUUCGUACACAUCAUUGUCACUUAAAUUAAAUAUAAUAAAUAAUUAUUGAUGAAAAAAAUAAUACAAAUAACUUACAAUUGCAUAUAUAAAAGAAAAAAAAACAUGAAAAUAAAAUAUAUUUGAAUAAAUUAAAUAAAUAAAUGAAAUUUAUGGUUGUAAUAUUUAUAAUGUUUAAGUUUAGUAAAAAUAUUUAAAGCAAACUGUUAAAUUAAGUGGGAAAACAGAAAAAUAAAUAACAUGUAGAGUGUUGUAAAUAGAAUAAAACUAUCCAGAAAAAGUAAAAACAUGAUUUAUAUAUAAAUUUCAACCACUAUACAUGCAAAAAAUAUGAAUCUCAUACCUGAAAAUGUAGCAAAACUAAGAAUUUCAAUCAAGUGCAAGCAAAGAAUAAAAUUUAUUAUUUAUUUUAAAGGAA